AUGGCUAUGUCAGGUGUUGUUGUCUCCGAUGAGUGCAUCAAGGCACUCACGGAUCUUCGCCAGAAGAGGUGCCGUUACGUCAUGCUUCACAUUAUUGACCAGAAGAAUAUAGCCGUUAAGGCGGUGGGUGAGAGGGACGCUACAUUCCAGCAAUUUGUGGAUUCUAUCGACAAGUCAACCCCCUGCUACGCUGCAUACGACAUUGAGUAUGAAACAAACGAUGGAAAGCGUGACAAGCUUAUUCUUGUCAGCUGGAACCCGGAUUCGGGACUCCCGCGCACGAAGAUGUUGUACAGCAGCAGCCGCGACGCGUUGAAUGCGAUGACGGAAGGGUUUCAGCCCAUUCAGGCGAACGAUGUCACGGAGCUCGAAUUCGAAGAUAUUGUGCGCAAGGUGAAGUCCCAUCGCCAGUGCUAG